AACCACCAAUCAGACUACUCCUAACCAAGUAUAAAUAACCAAACACCUUACCUUUAGUCAUCUUCGUCUUGAAGAAGCAGCCUCGCGUUAAAACGUCGAAUAGCCAUUAACGUUACUCGCCGAAGCAGCAAAUUCCGAAUGGAAAACAACAACGACAGCAACAUUCCCGAGAGCCCCGCGCUCCAAGAAAUUCCGGCCGCGGCCCAGCGCCAGCAUGCCCCGCUGAGCUCCCAAGUAGAGCCCGAGGCUCCAACCAGAGGCCGCCGCUUAACCCGCUCUUCCUCCUCAAAAACCCACAGCCUCGCAGUAUCUCCUUCCCCAUCCACCUCCAGAGUGCACAACGCUUCACCAGCUUCUUCUUACGCCUCAGCCUUCUCCUCCCUCAACCCACCCAAACAGAUGACCAACCAUGAACUCCGGUACAUCCUGUCAAACGCCGGCAUAGAGGCUCCACGCUCACUUAACAAAAAGGCGCUGCUCGAGUUAUACCACAACGCCACCACCGAAGCAGGAAAUCCCACACAUACGUCACAAGCAAAGAAGAAAACCCGGAAUCCCAAGACCCGAUACACCCCGUACCCUCCGCAAGAACUCUCUCCAUCAAUCCAACCAAUCCAGAAGCAAGCUAGAAGAGGCCACGCCCCCAGCCGCACACCAUCCAGUCACCACCCCCAGGAAACCCAGACGUCAACCCACCAUCCAGCAUCCACUCUCCACCGAAGAAUCCAAUCAGAGCACCCCAGAUCUCCGUUCUGGCCUCCAGCUCCCCCUUCGAACUUUUCCUCAAGCCCUAACCCACUUAUCCAGCCCCAAAGCAUCCCCACGGCCUCAAAUCCACUAGAGCAAAUCAAUCCUCUCCCUCUUCACCCUACUCUCGCUCCCAGCUCCUUUCCUAGCGGCCCGCCCCCUCCAGCUAACUUUCCCUCUUCCAGUCUCCCCCCCUCCUUCCCUCUCUGCACACCCCCUCCCGUUCUCACUAGCACCGCUCCGACCCAGCACCCCCCACCACCUUCUACAGCACGUCCUCCAUUCACUCUCCAUUCCGCCACACCCCUCCCUCCUCCCCCUAACGCUCCAGCCCUGGAACCCCCCCCUGUCUCAUACACAGCAAGGAACCAAAUCUUGUCAGAGGUUUUGGCGGUUAGCUCCAGAGGCGGACCCUCAUCCAACCCCAGUGCCUCCAUAUUCAGACCUGAUAUUGCCAUAGACCACCCUCUCCACAAACUCCACGAAACCUCUAUUUCUCUCAUCCUUCAAGCCGUGGCUCCCAGGACUCUGCAAUCUUAUCUAACAGCCUGGAACUCAUUUAAACUUUUUCACUCACUUUUUAACAUUCAUUUUCCCGAUUUCUCCCUCCUCUCCAUCACCUCAUUCAUAUCACACCUUCACUCAUCAAAGAAAAUCCAGGCUAGCUCCAUUAGAAGCUAUUUAAGUGGCAUUCAAUUUUUUCAUAAAUUGAUUUAUGGAGCACCUUCUGCUGCCAUCCUUCAUUCCCAAACAAACCUCCUAAUCAAAGGCAUACAGAAAACCCACCCCCCACCCCCCGAUCCCAGACAACCCAUAACUCUCCGCAUUCUUUCUAAAUGCAUAGCCACCCUCCGCAAAGGCUACCAGUCAAUUCACACAGCUCACACCCUCGAUGCCAUGUUUAACCUAGCCUUUUUUGGCUUUCUCAGGUGCUCUGAGUUAACUGCAUCCGACAAAUUCAACCCAGCCAUCCACCCCACCAUCUCAGAUCUGGCCUUGCUGGAUAAAGAAACCCUCUCCUUCUUUAUCAAGCAAAGCAAGACGGAUCAGUCCAGGAAGGGCCACUCUAUAUAUAUUUUCGACCUCCCCUCCCCCACAAGUCCCUUUCAAACCCUUCUAGCUUUCUCCCACUACCGUAAGCGCCAAACCCCUAACCCGCUUUCCCCCCUCUUCACAGAUGAUUCUAACCAGCCGGUAACCCGUUUCUGGUUCCAAAAGCAUUUAAAAAACAUCCUCCGCCUUUCUGGUUUUCCCCCUGACCCCUUCUCCAGCCACUCGUUUAGGAUAGGAGCGGCCACUACAGCCGCACACAAAGGCCUUUCCCAACACCAAAUCCAAGCCCUAGGCCGGUGGUCUUCAGACGCCUUUAAUUCCUAUAUCCGCCUCAGCCGCUUUCACAUCAAAGCAGCACAACAAACGCUUAUCUCCGCCAGCAGUCAGCGGAGCCACCCCACCCCCCCCCCCACCCUCACCCCCCCCGAGCUCGACUCCCACAGCUCACAGGAGUCAAUUGCGGCCCCGCAGGCCAGUAGCACUACUUUUCUUUUUCCGGCGACGAGUGCCUCGCUUUCUGCCAGCACCGAGCCUCCCUUACCCUUCCUUCUGGUGUCGAGCGCUUCGCUCCCUCUGAGCGGCGAGUCACGCCGACCCCCACUCCUGUUCUGUCCCAGCGUUGAGUGCUCCCCUGCUUCUUUAGCAUCGAGCCUCUCCGCCCCACUUUUAUGUCUCCCGGUGACGGAGGUUCCACGCCUGCUAAGCACGAAGCCCUACCCACCUGCUUGGACCCCCGCAGGGGUAUUCCCCCCAAGCAGGAGCCCCAAAACCUCCCUGCAGGAGUCCCCACCGCCCACCCCCUUUUCCCGACUCCUACAGGAACUUGGCCCAGCAGCUCUGAUCCCGAGCUUCGACUCCCACGGAGCCAUCACUCCCAGCUGUGACUCCGCAGAGUCUCCCAAGCUUCCCUGCCCAGACUCCCACGGAGUCUAUGAUUACCCACGCUCCCGCAGGAGCCCCUCUCUUUCUCCUACUCUUCCCUAA